AUGAUAUUUAGUAGGAUUUAUAGUUUUAUUGCUGGUAACACUGAACUGUCAGUAGCCCGCAAGAUGGUAGACCGUAAGCAGGCGUCUACGCACAAGCCGAUUUCACAACAAAAGCUUCAACAACAACUAAACAGAGCCCGCAGAAUUCUAGCCCUAGUUCCAAAAUAUGAAGCUAGAUCAGAUGUAGGUAGCAGAGAUGAUUCAGCUGAUGAGUUAUAUAAGUAUAUCCCUCCAACUCUUUCAGACAGUAGCUCUCCACCUCCAUCUUUGCCAUCGUCUUUGUUGGAUCUAAACCUAUUAUCGGAUAGCAAUAAAGAGAUAGAUGAAAUGACGCACAAUUCUCCAGCUUUGCAACUGUACUCAUCGCCUGCAAGUGAUACUUGCGCUUCGCCAUCAAUUUUGUCACCAAGGCAAUCAUCAUCAAUUUUACUGUUACAUGCUGCUGAAAUUAGUUUACCAAAGCCAGGGUGUUUCGGGCAUUGUAUAUGA